UUUCGGACGUCUUGCCGUUUCAAGAUUGAAAUUAAAAACGACACGUACUUCCCGUAUAGAUAACUAAUCCGGCGAGAUUUUGGCUGCUUUAACGAAAACUAUCAUCAACCCCCGUCGUCUUCGAGCUUCCGAUCUUCAGCUUUUCUCACGACGCAACCCUGAAAUCGACAUCGCUGUUGAUUCUAAUCGUUUUCCGGUGAAGUUGAUUCAAAAGUAGCUAUUCAAUGGCUUACGUAGACCACGCGUUCUCGAUCUCGGACGAGGACCUAAUGAUUGGGACUUCGUACACCGUCAGUAAUCGACCGCCGGUGAAGGAGAUCUCACUCGCGGUGGCUCUCCUCUUGUUCGGAAUCGUAGGAAUCGUCUCCGGUUUCUUCAUGGCGUACAACCGCGUUGGCGGUGAUCGAGGCCACGGUGUCUUCUUCAUUGUACUCGGGUGUCUUGUGUUUCUCCCGGGGUUUUACUAUACGCGGAUUGCAUAUUACGCUUACAAAGGAUAUACAGGCUUCUCCUUCUCCAACAUACCAUCUGUUUAACCCCCCUUAUGAAUCUCGCUCUCUUCUCUCCCUUACUCAAUGUAUAGGCUGUUGUUGUUUCUAAUGGUAGGUUUUGUAUUGCUUAAUGACUUCUUCUCUUUAGUGUGAUGUUUUGUUUACAAGACUUGAAUGAUCCGUGUUUGAUAUGUAAUCUCUUUUGAUUUCUCAUUCUGUAUGUUAGGUCAUUACUCA